AUGUCGACCACCUUGUGUAAUUAUGCGUCCGGAAUCUUACAGGAUUCAGACUUUGCUGGAUCGUGUGCAUGGCGGGACCUUGCGACAGAUGAUCCAUGGAUUAAUUACAUUUCCGAGAUUGGCUAUACAUCAGCGCAUGCGCUUCUUGCUCUCUCUGGAAUACUCUCCUCCUUCCUCUCUCUGAUCAAGACUCUGAGACAGUAUAACCGCUUCACCGGCUUUGCAGCGCUGACGAAUCUAUCGGAAUUCCAAAUUUUGAAUAUUUGUCUCCAUGUAGGCGUAAUUUUGCUGGGGAUAGCGUAUCUCACUGGAUUUGCCCUCCACGUGAUGGCAUCGACUCCUGGAUGGUACAUCGUUUCUGCAUUGUGCGAGAUCUUAGUCUACGGCAUCCAAUUUGUUCUGGUCGUCCUGAACUAUCGGUCAUGGAUGCACGCCUUCAAAUUCCAAUGUACAUCAUGGGCGGGACUUGCUUUCGUCUUCUACGUAGUACUAUCUGUUCUAUACCUCGCAUUGUUCUGCGCAUAUGCGGCACAACUCAAAACGGAAGCAGUCGUUCCAGUAGGUGGAUUAAGAAAUGCGACGCGGGCAGUCUUUGUCUGUCUCCAAAUUCUACGAGGCAUCAUUGCUGGAAUUACCGUGACUGGUGGGCUACGAGGGCUGGUUGUUGAUUCGAGGUCGACAUACAUUGAAGUUGAGAUGCUGUUGGCCACAUUAUCCUUGUCAGGAUUGACGAUUGUUACAUCCACACUGUCAGUGUUAUUCACGCUCGAUAUUUUUUGUCCCAAUCGUGGAGCAGAGGAGGGAGACGUCUGGAUACAUCUGUACGAGUGGUUCUAUUUGGUGACUUGGUGCAUCCUUGUUCUGCUGUGCUGCUUUCGGAGCCAUUCCGCCGCCGAAGAUAGAGCUGUCCAUGAUAUCGGACCCGAGCGGGGCGCCGCUCUAAGCUCGGUCGAGAAUACUUCCUAUAAUCGGCAACGAUCUAUGAGCGUGGUUCCUGGUCGUGCUUCUGUAUAUGGCGCUCCCCGACGACCUUCGCAAUGGUUAGACCAAUCUUCGCGACGCAUCAGCAGCUUGCCUACUCCUGUCACCACUCCGCGACACAAUCGGCUGGACGCGAUCCAUGUUGUCCAGGAGCAGGACGAUCACUGGUUACGAGCGAUCACAUCCAGAUUCACGUUGGCGGAUAUCGUUCUAAUUCCUAGUGCCGUCCUCCUAGCAUGCUUGCUGGUACUUAUUCUUGUCCUGAAUGUCACCUGGUUAACUGAUACCCGAACCAGUCUACCGACGCUCUUGUUGACGAUCUAUUCGGUGGUCAUUUUCUGCCAAAUUGUAAUGAAUGCUUUUGGAAAUGUGGAGAUCCCUUUUCUGUUGCGUUCCAGCAUGCGUCGUAUCUCUCUAGCUGUCGCACUAAUUAUUGCCACAGUUGUCCCCUUCCUUGUAUGGAAGGAUUUUGCAUAUUUCUUUGCGUACGGACUUUGGCCGAUGGGAACCUUGAUUGUGAUAACGACCACCGGUCGAACUCAGGAAAUGGACCGUGUCGGUCGGCUAUUGAGACGAUUAGGAGGAAGUAGGAAGAAAAUCAAACGGGUUCAUGCUGAGAACGCAGAUGAAAGAACAUCUCCCACAGCGCCUCCAAAUGAAUGGAGACUCGCAACCCAGUGUGCUCUUCGCUGGUCUAUGUCGCUACUGGUGCUUGCCGCAUUCUUCACCACGGUUCUGAACGGAAUGUAUCUAGCGGUGGCAGCAAGUUGUAUUAUACUGGGAGUAGGGGAGAUUUCGGAAGCGGCAAAGCGGGUUGGGAAUGGCAUAAAGUGCCAACUUGCCCUUUGGGGUAUUGGGGUAGGGGUGUUGAUUGUUGUUGUCGUGCUGGCAGUAAUUGUUCCAGUAUACGGGAUCAACAGCAGCGGUGGAAGGACAGUUGAUGUGAUAUGGAACGCGGAAAGUGUCAUUCCCGGAACUUCGCCGAUACCAGACGCUAGAGCGAGGGGUGUCCUAGUAAAUUAUAAGCAAUAUGAUACCUCGUCAGCAGCGGGAAGUAUGUUGCAGACAGUGAGUGGAACAGUCUUUUUUAAUUCUGGUGCCGCACUUGCAAAUGUAAAGGGGUUGGCAGAGUACAUUUGCACCACCACUUCAAGCCUGCCACCUAUAGUUCUCAUUCCUACCAAUCUUGCCGCGCUGCGCAAUCUACUGCACCUAGAUCUUCCGGCUGUCAGCCUCAGCAUAGGAUAUAAGCGUGACAUCAGUGCCAUGUCGGCCCUUGACUUUUCUCCAUCUUUAGGUCUGGACAUCAUGGUUUACCCAUUCGAAAAUGUAGUUGCAAAUCCCCUGCUUGUAAUAGCAGAGCAGAGGAGAGGGCACAGAGUUGCGGCCCUGUUCACGAAGCAGACAGAAAUAUCAGCGGGGUUCAAAUUCGCCCGCCAGGCAGGAGUUGAUGCAGUUGUGGUCCACAACGUCGGUACUGCGAUAGCAGCACUCGGAGAACGUCAAGGAGGAGAUGCGGGAGCACGAGCCCCUACUACAUCUACGCCGACUUCUCCAUUACGUGAUGCCUCUCCGAAAACGCGAUGGGCAGUUGCGGUGGCCACCGUUCCAGUGGUCAUAAUCUCGGUGGGAUCGCUAUAUCUGAUAGUUAGACUUCAAAUGCGUAAACCUCAUUUGGAGCGAUAUCCGGUGUUUCACAAGUCUAUCCUCACGCAUGUAACGCUGAUGAAUAAACAAACAGCCCGUAUCGGUGCCACUAUUGCCGAUAUGGUGUCUCUGGCAGGAUGGUGCAUGUUUGUCAUAGGCGGGGCGGAAGCCGCUGAACUGUCGCAGAUAUCUGCUCUGACUUAUAUCUUCGGUAUCCUGGGCGCGCUGUCAUUGAGCCUUUCCGUAGUCAUGACAUUCAAUUCUACCCGCUGGAUCUUGCCUGUUUCGACGUGCGUCUCAUCAACCACAGCCUUAUCUGCAGGUCAUGCUGCGCAAGCAGCGUCCUACGGAACAUCGUCCGGAGAACACCUCAUGUUAGCCGGGGCAGUGAUCUAUGUGGCCUGUCAAGUACUAAGAACCUUCAUUUCAAGAUUCCGCUACUCUCAUACAAGAAUGGAGGCGGAGCGAAGUGUGCUUAUAGUGACAAUCGGAACUGUUUUCGGGUGGAUAAUUCUGGCGGUGGGAAUAGGCAGACACCAGGCAGAUCUUGGCAAGUCACUUCCUCUGGGCCUCUAUGGAGCAGCGGUCGCAACGCCGCUAGCUGCGGUGACCUCUAUACUGUCGUCCAAGCAGAACGGGCGACAUUUGAAUGGAGCAGCUGGAGCUAGUGGGGUACUUGCGCUGGUUUUUCUUGGCGCUGUUAUUGGGGACUCAACGGGAGCAAGCCGCACGGUUCAUCAGAAUUUGAUGCUUUCAGGGUCCAUCAUCUGUGCGACUUGUCUAACCUCGGCGCUAUUGAUCAAAGGAUGGGAGUUUGACACCCUCCAGAGUAAGGCCUUGCGCCAACGCUUGAGACAACAGAUUUGUGAAGUGUGGAGUCGUGGGACGUCGGAUGUCUCUUUGCCACUGCCACCCAGGACACCAGUUUUCUUCACGUCGAUUACCCAAAAUUCCACAAUGUGGUCGACAUGGAAAAUUGUAGCCAUCAUCGCAAUUGUGGGAUGGAUUAUCGCCGUCGGGGGAUUUGGGGCUGCGACAGGAGAUCUUGCGAAAUCCGAUGUUCUGGUAGCAGGAAUCGUUUUCUCCUGUACUGCUCCUACUGCAAUUGCGUUAGCAACAAUUGCACUGCUCCGUGACAGUCGACGUCUAGCUAUCGUGUCUGGCGUCGUCAUGGUCAUUGGCUUGGCGUCGCUGGGACGAUUUGUUGAUGCAGCGGCACAAGCUGUCAAUGAUGGAACGGACGAAUUAGCUGCCUCAUGCUGCGUUAUUGCAGGAGGUUUCAUGUUUCUUGUGUCAGCGACAACGCUGCUGUGUCUGAUGACGCAUCGUCUUGUUCUGCCUCCAACGGCAUCCCUUGGGCUGUCAAAGCAACGGGGCCGCAAAAGCGUGUUCUCUGCCCUACUGAUAUUAUGGAGCUCAGGAUGGUCUGCAUACAUCGCUGGAGUGGGCAUCUCCGUUCAGUUGACGAUCGGGCUGCGCGCGGUUGCCCCCAUCUUAGGAGCUGUGCUCUCAGCCCUUAGUCUCGCCGCUUACCUUGGAGCCCGUUUAUUGAUAAGCAAUGUACUCAAUCCGAACACAACAACCGUGCGCCCAGAUGCGCUUCAGCAAAUCAUUCUGUCCACCAUUCUUCCGACCGUGAUCACCGCCGGGGCAGUAACACAAAUUGGCGCUGCGGGGUUUGCAUCAAGUGGCCACCUUGCGCACUGCACAAAUUUUGCGUGCGGUUCGCAAUCCCUCAUAGGAGAUCGAUCUAUUCUAGCUGGCACUGUGAUCCUGAUGAUCGGUUUGAAAGUAUGGAUCUCUUAUGCCUUCCUGACAGGGGAGAUGUGCAAAGCUGAGACUGAGGAGGAGUCGGAGAGACGAUGGUCUGGGAGAUACCCACGGCAGCAGGGCCAUUCUGAGGUCAUGGUAUCUGCCUCGACCUUGGCAGAACCUGUUAGAGAAAAUAAACUAUCAAAACCUAAUGAAAAACCCACGGAGCGAUUUGCAGAUCUUCAUCGCGUGCUUUUGGCCUGGCCCCACCUUCAGGUCAUAUUCAAACUUGGGAUUGCUACCUCAUCCUUCGCGUGGGCAGCGUUUGUGGUGUCAUUUUGGCGUUUGCGACCAUCGUCCAAUUUGGGAUUGUUCGCCGGACACUUCGUCUUCGCAAUUAGUGGGGUCAUCACUAUAGUGAUGGCCGUCUGCUGGCUCAUCAUAUCAAGAGAUCGAUACUAUGUGAUUGGGUUAGGCACCCUGGUGCCGUCCAUCGCUGCCGCAGGCUACGUUUUCUUCUGGUGUAUCCCCGAGCCUACACCAAGUCCUUCGACUGGGAUGCUGAUCGCAAGCCUUCUGUACUCAGUUCCCGCAACUGCGCUUUUGGCAGGAGUUAUGAUGGCGCGGAAGCAUGAGGUACACUGGCCAAAUCGCGAGUUGAGGAUUCGGUACCCACAUCUGCUCUUCGCGCUGAGUGUAGUAGGAUGGAUUGUCUUCGCAAUUGGGUUUUGGGUCUUGUGCAAUGCGCUAGGGUCGUUACCAGAAUCGACAGGGGAGGCAGCAGCAAAUAUUGUGCUACUUUCCUGCGGUGUACUUUAUGCAAGCCUCUAUCUCACUCAUCUGCGACUGGACCGACGGCGAAUCCGAACAAUGCUGUAUGCGUUAUCAGCAAUUGUUUUGUGGUCAGCGACUGCGACUUUCCACUUCGCAUGUGUAAACGUGGCAUCUCAAUCUUCUCCGAGUCGCACGGGAGAGGCGGCUGUUGCGGGAGGCUCCAUGAUUAUUAUUCUCUCAAAAGUGCUCCUUAUUAUCCUACGAGUACGUCCAAGCGGCGACUUGGAUCUGACGCAGGGUGAAAAGGAUAAGCUAGCAUUGGACCCGAGUCAUCACGAAGAAUCAGAACACUGGAUUCAUUUCCCAUCCGCAGCAGACUCCAAGUAUUUGCUUCGGAUUUGUGUGAUGGUGCUAGGGGUUAGCUGGCUGCUUUACGUUAUUGGGCUUGGAAUAUGGAAGAUACCAGAACCUGCAGCAACUGGCGAGAUGUUUGAUAUUUUCGCGGUAGUCUCCGUGGCUGUCCCCAUUUUAGUAAUCUUAAGAAUUUACGCUCAAUGGACUACUGCCGGGUGGUUAGGUACGGUGUCUGCCGUUCUGGCUCUGUGUACCGGAGGAGCGACAUGCUUCGCUACAACAUUGUCGUCUCGCAGCGGUGGUAACAUCAUCACCCUAUCAGGAUGCAUCAUAACCUUGAUCGCGACACUCACGCUCAUUGUAAUACUCCUCCAUCGCGGGGAAGUAGAGAUACCACCAAAGAGGCUCUUCGUUUACACUGCCAGGGGAAUUGUGCUUGCUUUAGGCAUCGGGUGUGUGGUAUUUGGUGCAGGCUUCGCGAAAGCUCGCGGAAAAAUAACAGAGACGACUGAGGGGAAUCUUGCCGGAUACCUACUAACAUUAGUGGGCGUGGUGACAACUGCGGCCAUUGGCUUGGAGGUUUUGAAUGCACGAUUGCAAGCAACGCCAGCCAUCACUGAAAGGAUGCGGCUGUGGGUGGUCCAUCUGAUCGAAAGGUCACGUAAAAUGUUCAGUAACCUGCGAUAUUUCAAGUCAUGGAGCCGAGAUGCCGAGCCUGCAGAUAUUCAGAAUAGAAGCCUUGCACGCUGGCAGCCUGAAGAUAGCUUGGUAGAGAAACCUGACGCCGCGCAAGACCCCGGUGGGAAUGAACAGCCCAGCGAAAACAUAGCGUCGGCUCCACAAGAAAACGCCGCUACCAAUGUACAACUUGCUGUUCCCUAUCCGGCAUCUCGAAGACUGAAUGUAUUUUUGGCAGCAGUCGGUACCAUAUUGUCGGGAAUACCUGUAUUCAUCUCUAGGCCUUUGGCCGCUGUGAACACUACUUUCACCCUCCAACUCAUUGGAUCCAUAAUAUUAUUGGUCGCAUGUGCCGCUUACAUCUGUCUCAUCGAGAUAGUCCAGACAUGGGAAGGGAGCCGGCCGCCAACAGAAAAUCAAGUUCAGCAUCCUUCCGCCGACACUCUUUCCUCGACCUCAGAGUCGCCAUCUGCGACGUCAAGAUCUUCAUCCGAAUCAUCUUCUACCACCUCUCUAUUCUUGUCUCGUCCCAGCCAGACUGCUUUGAAUCAUGCACAGCUUUUCGGAUCUCGAAUAUUUUCUUCAGUCAACCUCUUAGCAUCCCGUGCUGCGUUUUCAAGUGAAUUGAACCUUGGUUUACCCAUCCGUCCACCUAUGCCGCGACUUGGAAACCGAUUGAGUGGUAGCAGAGGAGGCCUCGUUGGGGCCCAAUAUUCAUCAAAAGGCAUGCUAAGAAACACCAUUUUCGAGGAUAUAGGGGAAGGGGACUUGGGAUCACAGGAGCGUAGCGAAGUGCGGGGAUUAAAUACCGGACGAUUCAGAUACAAAAGUGAACCAUACUUGCAUGGACGGUCGCCAAGCGAUCCAGUGCAAGGGAUGCCGCGCCUACAAAUAAGAACUCUUAAAAGAGGGCACCGUCGCACUUUAUCAGAUUCAGUGUCUGCCUUGACCCCACAAAGUGAAUAUGCUGCUAUAGUGGCCGUAAGGAGACUGCAACAUGCGACCGAUACGGGGGAAGUGAGCCAGGAAGAGCAGUCAGAUACGGAUCAUGGGAAUCGGCGGUCGGUUCCGGGCCCGCGGGAAUUCCCCUCUUCACUCGACUUGGUUCCAAUAAAGCCGUUGCUUGGUCGCGCAUAUUCAUCUGAAUCGUUGAUGUCACCGAGAACUGAAUCGGCGAUCGUUGAUAGCAUUAGACGUCUGCAGCGUAAUGCAGGCAAUAUUCCUGUUCCUCUAAAUAGCGCAGAUUCCGAGACAUCGGCAUUCAAUGACCAGCAAGGCCUAUCGCGAGAGAAUGAAGUUGUUCAGGGGAGUUCACCGAAGGAAUCGGAUAGCGCUUUUCCCACCCCUUCCGCAGGCUGGCACUCUAACUCCAAUACACCAGCUAGUCCACGAAGGCGCUGGUUGCGGAACAUAGAGGGGGUUUCCCAAACAAAUGAGAUAUGGGAAGAGGAUAUCGAAUGA